UGGGUUAUUUAUCAAAAAAGCGAGAGUUUUGGGAGAGCUCGCGUGACGAAAGUAAUAACAUCAUUCGAAAAUGAAGAUAGGACAGCCAUGGCUACUCCAAUCUCAACACUCUCCUUUGCUUCCCCUUCAUUGCCGCUCAGGAUUGAGGCGAAUCCCCGAAUUUCUCCUGCCUUGAACUUUCGUCCCCCGUUUCAGUUGGUCGCUAGAAAACAGAAAAGUGGUGAAGUUAGUGGUCGGCGAGUGUGGCGACGAAGAAAAUUGACAAAGAAGGAUGACAUGUCAAUCUACAAAAUGGAUCGAAUCCCAUUCCUUGAAGAACAGGUAAGGAGGGUAAAGGAACAGGGGAAGCUCAUAACAAUGGACAUUGAAAGACUAUUAUUAUCAGAGGACAAUCGCUUUGAUUUUGUGAAUGAGGUUGCAGCUGAGGCUAAGGAAUAUGUUGAGAGCAACCGCGAUGAAUAUGGGGGUACCAAGAAAGCCAUCCUUCAUGUUCUUAGCAACCGAGUGAACGAUGCAGGGUUUUAUCGGCCAGAUGCUUAUGCAGAAGAUGACCCAUUUAAACCCGGACCUCAUUAUCUGAAACAAGAAUUUACUUAACCUGAUUACAAAAUCCAUUUUCUUAUACAAACUGUCAAUGCAUUAAUCUGAUUUUUCCAGUUUUCAAAUGUUAGCUAGUGCCUACGUCUCUUCUGAUUAAGAAUUGUGCUUGCCUCAUCCUCACGAGUUUUUUCUCUAACCAAAUAUUACCUCUUUAAACUCCUACUUUUCUAUUCGUUAUGUUUCAUCCAACAUUCCCAAUAGGAGGGAAGAUUGUUAUCGACCAACUAAUGAAACCAUUAGAAAGUUUCUUUUAUGAA